UGUCAGCUCGCCCUGACGCCGUUCUCUCCUUGGUAACCGCCCAGGCCGGCGGCAGCUCCUCUGUUCUCUUCCGGACAACAAUAAUGGCGGAUCCCGAGGCCACAGCAGCUCCCUCCUCUCCUGGUGCCGGAAACCCUCACCCGCCGCCGGGGACCGAUGGCUCCCAGCGGCUCCUCUUCUCCCAUGACUUGGUAUUUGGUAGCUACCGAGGUCACAGCCGCUUCGGCCUUGUGAGGCUCAUCCAUGGGGAGGACUCAGAGACCGAGGAGGAUGAGGAGGUGGUGGUGGAAGCAGAGGAGACUGGUGGGGGCCGCAGGAAAGGAGGAGGCGGCGGAGGAGGAGGAGGAGCGGGUGGGCCAGGAGGACAGGGGAGCCCCGGUUCGGACACCGCUGGGGAGGCCAGCAGAUUCGGGCCACUCCGGAGGGGCUACGUGCGGGUGCAGUGGUACCCAGAGGGGAUCAGACAGGAUGUGAAGGAGACCAAGUUAAAACUGGAGGAUCGAUCAUUGGUGCCUAGAGAUGUUGUACGCCGCGUGAGUACAAAGGACAGUCAGUGUGGCACAGUUAUAGAUGUGAACAUAGACUGUAUGGUAAAAGUGGUGGGAACCAACUGCUUCCUUCAUCCUGUCAACAGCAAGGAACUGCAGCAUAUAUGGCCUAUCAUGUAUGGGGAUUACAUUGCUUAUGACUGCUGGCUUGGUAAAGUUUAUGACCUCAAAAACCAGGUUAUACUGAAGCUGUCUAAUGGAGCCAGGUGUUCCAUGAGCACGGAAGAUGCUUCUAAAUUAUAUGAUGUCUGUCCCCAUGUCAGUGACUCGGGUCUAUUUUUUGAUGACUCUUACGGGUUCUAUCCUGGCCAAGUGCUUAUUGGUCCAUCCAAGGUGUUUUCAAACGUGCAGUGGCUGUCUGGGGUGAAACCAGUUCUGAGUGCCAAGAGCAAGUUCCGUGUGGGUGUUGAAGAGGUACAAGUAACAGAGUUGAGAGUAACCUGGAUUACAAAAAGCUUUUGUCUUGGGGGUACAGACUCUAUGGACCCACCAUCCUCUGUUAUAACCCAAGAAUCUUUGCACAAGGUAAAGAGGAUGGGCUCGUUUGACCACACACAGAGGCAGCUGGGAGAGAGAUGCCUAUAUAUCUUUCCAACCAUGGUGGAACCUACAAGAAUCUUGUGUGAAAGCCUUGAGAAGAACUGUCUUCUCGGGGAAGUGACUGGAACAAAAAAGCAAAUGGACAAGUUACGGGAAAAGCAAAUUGUGAAAAUUAUUUCCUGUACCCAAGAUCCUUCCAACCCAGCAGAAUUGCUAAAAAGAAACUCUACCAAUCCUCCAGCACCUGAAGAGACCGAGAAAGGUGCAGUGCGUGAUGAAGCUUCCCAUGACCGUGGCGGAGAGUUGAGCAAAGUGCCGAGCUCUGAAGAGUGUUGUGCCCAGGAUCAGUUGCUAGGCAAUGUUCGGGAGAUGUUCCAUGAUUUGCCCCUUCAGGCCAGUGAACAAGAUGCAGAUGAUGAGGCUGCAGAGGACACUGAUGACACCAGCUCUGUGACCUCUUCUGCCAGCUCUACGACAUCCUCAAAAAGCGGCAGUGGGACUGGGCGUAAGAAGAGCAUACCUCUGUCUAUACGAAACCUAAAGCGAAAGCACAAAAAGAAGAAAAAGAGCAAAGUGUACAGAGAGUUUAAAACCGGGGACAGAGUGGCAGUUGAAGUCAUUACCACAGUGACUACCGCUGAUGUCAUGUGGCAGGAUGGAACUAUAGAUACCAAUAUUCGCUCCAAUGAGCUGAUCCCUAUUCAGCAUUUGGAUAACAACGAGUUCUGUCCAGGAGAUUUUGUGGUGGAUAAAAGAGCUCAUGCGGGGCAGGAUCCCAGCAUAUAUGGUGUGGUGCAGUCUGGAGAUCAUACAGGAAGAACCUGUGUUGUAAAAUGGAUCAAACUGAACUCUGAAGGGAAUGAUGUUGAAGUUGUUGGAGAAGAAGAGGAUGUCAGUGUAUAUGAUAUUGUUGACCACCCAGACUUCAGAUUUCGAGCCACAGAUAUUGUGAUACGCAUUGGGAGCUCGGACCCUGAUGGCAGCCAGCCAUCAGUGGGACAGGUUGCUCGUGUGGACGUUAGUAGUAAAGUAGAAGUGAUCUGGGCUGACAAUUCUAGAACCAUUGUUCUUCCACAGCAUUUGUACAAUGUAGAGUCUGAGCUGGAGGAAUCCUUCUUCGACUCCGUGGAUAGCAGUUCUAGUGGCGCUUCCUCUGAUGAGUGGGAAGAUGAUAGUGACAGCUGGGAGACUGACAAUGGUUUGACGGAGGAUGACUCUCGUAUUGGCAUAGAGGUAACAGAGGAAGCACAGAGUGCAGCCGCAGAACCAACAACACAACCUGAAGUAGAAGAGCCAGGGCAAAGUUCUGCUUCAGCAGCUGCAGCCGCUUUAGGUGUCUCGGGACUUGUAGCCAAAGUGAAUGAAAAGGAAGGGUUUGUAAAGAGCUUUAAAGAACUUAAGGAGGCUAUUAAAAUUCUUGAGAGCCUGAAAAACAUGACUGUAGAACAGCUUUUGACUGGUUCUCCGACUUCACCCAUUGCUGAGCCAGAGAAAUUCACCAGGGAAAAGAAAUUCCUUGAUGAUAUCAAGAAGUUGCAGGAGAACCUUAAGAAGACUCUUGAUAAUGUGGCCAUAGCGGAGGAGGAGAAAAUGGAAUCCGCACCAGAAGCAGAGAAAGAGGACAAAGCUGAGGCUCAGACGCCUGUACGGUCUGAAUGGCCAAGUGACACACCUGUCCUGUGCCAGCAGUGUGGUGGCAAGCCUGGGGUUAUAUUCACCAGUGCCAAAGGAGAGGUGUUCUCAGUGUUAGAUGCUGCACCAGAGAGCCAUGUUUUCAAGAAGUUGGAAUUCCAGGCGCCAGAAGCGAAAAAGUUUUUCAGCACUGUGCGCAAGGAAAUGGCGCUUCUUGCCACCUCUCUUCCUGAUGGCAUCAUGGUGAAAACCUUCGAAGACAGAAUGGACCUCUUCUCUGCCUUCAUAAAAGGGCCUACGCGCACCCCAUAUGAAGACGGCCUGUUUCUGUUUGACAUUCAACUGCCCAAUAUCUAUCCGGCUGUGCCACCUCUCUUCCGUUACCUGUCUCAAUGCAGUGGGAGGCUGAAUCCUAAUCUCUAUGACAAUGGGAAAGUGUGUGUUAGUCUGCUGGGCACCUGGAUUGGAAAGGGUACAGAGAGGUGGACAAGCAAGUCUAGUCUUCUUCAAGUUCUGAUAUCCAUACAAGGUCUCAUCUUGGUAAAUGAACCAUACUACAAUGAGGCUGGCUUUGACAGUGACCGUGGGCUGCAGGAAGGCUAUGAGAACAGUCGCUGCUACAAUGAGAUGGCACUUAUAAGAGUGGUUCAGUCUAUGACACAGAUGCUGAGGAGACCUGUUGAAGUCUUCCAACAGGAGAUCCUUGAACAUUUUCAAAGCAAUGGCUGGCGUUUAGCUCAUAGAAUAGAGACAUGGCUAGAAACCAACGGCAUGGUAGAAAAGGGAGGGGAGUUUUCUAAUGGCCAAGAGCACCCCUGCAUAGUACCCUACAGUCCCACUGAGCUAGAAAGCACGCCGGAGCCUUCAUUGAGUUCCAAAGACCUGGACGAUUCUGGAUGUGGAGCUUCCACUCUUUCACCAGGAGAUGCUCCACAAUAUUCUGACUUGGAGAACAUGGGUAAAGUGGUAGUAGUGGGUACCACCAACAGUUCUGCAGAGGAGCCACGAGGGGCAACUGGAGGAGUGCAGCAGAGUGUAAAACCAAAGAAACGCAGAAAGAGCUACCGUAGUUUUCUGCCUGACAAACGAGGCUACCCUGAUAUCGGCUUCCCUUUGUUUCCUCUAUCUAAGGGCUUCAUCAAAAGCAUCCAGGGCGUUCUCGGUCAAUACAAGGCUGCACUCUUGGAAGCUGGCAUUUUGGAGCCCCGUGGAGGCAGACUGACCUUACCUUUGUAGAAGUGAGAGACCCAGCUUUAUUUGCCUUUCCCACACACUUCAUCUUACACAUUCUCUUCUCCCCAUCCUUUUCACUGCCAAGUUAGGCCCAAUAUAAAAGUCUGGGGUAACGUAAGACUUCUAAAAUACAGUGUCUCCUGUACGAGUCGAGACCACACAAGAUUGUAACCUUAAUAAUAAUGGCUGAAAUGUUGCUGUAUGCUCUACUGUUCUUAUUUUACUCUGUCCAGUUAAUCUGCUCCUGACAUAAUGUCUUGGGGCUGCCUUGCUGCUAUAGGGCAGAGAAGUGUACCUUUUAAUGCUCAUGAAAUAUGAUCCUUUACCUCGGCUUUGUCCUAGACCCAACCCUACAAGGGUCAUGUAGUUAACCUCAUACCUACUCUUCUGUCGGUACUCUUAUUUAAGGGAAUUUCUGAAGGAUGGCUCUAUCCGAACAAUUGAAUGUCUGCUGUAAAGAGAGCUGUAUUAUUGUGGGGCAAAACCUUUUCUGCACGAUUAUUAAUAGUGUAGGAAGAGAGCCUAUCACCAUUGUCGUGGUGUUCCAGGCUGGUCAUGUUUUUACAAUAUCACAAGUAAAUCCUGGUGAGUCUGUACAGGCGAUAGCCGCUGAUUAGUCCAGCAGCGAUGACGGCAGAUAUUUUGAAAACAUAGAUAACAAGUACAGUAAGCUUGCCAUGUUUGACCUGGGCAUUGAAGUGUGUCUGCCAGUACAUAUCAUUGGCAGCUGGGAGGUCUCUUAUUAAAGGUUGGCAAGCAUACAGAGAACCAAUGAGUUCACAAUCAAAUGUCUAGCAUCUGUAAUCUUGUACUGCUUAUUACAGACCUCUGAUAAAACACUAAGGACUAGUUUGGUCUCUAAGUUUGGAUUAUAAUGGUAAUAAAUAUGUCUAUAAAUAAAAUAAAUAAGAGAACCUUGUGGCAUUGGCAAAGUUGAUCACAGGCUCAUAUCAACGCCCUGUGCAAAAGAAUGGUUAAAGACUUUAGCCUUUAAAUCGAUGCUAUGGCACACUAGCCGAUUCCUUCUAAUCACAUGUUCUAGGCUAAUGGAUGGACAUGCCUCUGUUUAAUAUAUCGGGGCAGAGAACGUGAUAUCAGUCACAGCUGGACUGGGAAUCCAUUCCAAUGUCAUGACUUGUAGCUGCAUACCUGUAAUGAUUAAUAUAAUAAAACACUGCCAUAAAGAAUGCAGGUCAAAGUAUGCUUUCCUAACUCCUGCCUGCCCUUUAUGUUCUGCCUGACAUCUAGGCAUGUUUACAUCUACUCUAGGGGUUAUCUGCCAGCUCUUGUCCACUUGUGACUCUGAGUUAUCCCUUAUGUAUGUAACGUUUAGGAGUCUUAACGCAAAAUAAACCACUAAAAUGUGCACAGAGGAGAGCAUGAGUGAUAAAUGGGCAUUUAGAUGUAGACUGUGUGAUGUUAUUUAAACAAUGUAUAGACUGCGCUGUAUAACUUUAUUUUUUUUGCCCCCUUUUUUUUUUUUUUUUUUUUUUUUUUUUUUAACCCCUGCUCCCC